CCGACAGAGGACAGGCGGAAAGUCUGGAUCGGUACACUUCCUUUCUCCAGAUGUCAGCCAGUCUAAAGAAACCUCAACUUUAGUUGAAAACAGAACUACUUCAUUUUUAAAUGCGUUUUAAAGCGUUUAGUCUAAACAAAUCUUGGGCACGAAGUGAUUAAGUGAGAAACAGGGCGACGGGACGGGGGAGGAGGCACCCGCUUGAAGAGAAGUUAAGAGCUUUCUGUAAAUAGGCCUAAGCAAAUGGUCCUUGCAGAAAGUUUUGGGGAAAUUUAAAGGAAUAAGAAAACUUGAAGAAUAUGAUGAUGACUGAGAAUGAGCUGGAGAUUGACAACAUCAUAACAGAUGCAAUGGCCACUCCAUCUCCAGCCAAGAGUAUGGGAGACCCAGGCAUCACACCACUCUCCCCCACACACACCCUGAAGGACUCGGAACAGAAUGAGCCCCCGAGACACCACUAUGUGGUGGUGGUGGCCAUUGACUUCGGCACCACCUCCAGUGGCUACGCAUAUGCCUUCACUAAAGAACCGGAGUGCAUUCACACAAUGAGGCGUUGGGAGGGUGGAGACCCAGGUGUAUCCAAUCAGAAAACACCCACCACCAUUCUACUGACUCCAGACAGGAAGUUCCACAGUUUUGGUUAUGCAGCAAGAGAUUUCUACCACGACCUGGAUCCCACCGAGUCUAAACAGUGGCUCUACUUGGAGAAGUUUAAAAUGAAACUACACACCACUGCUAAUUUGUCAAUCGACACGGAUUUGCAUGCGGCCAAUGGGAAAAGGGUGAAAGCUCUGGAUAUAUUUGCUUAUGCGCUGGCAUUUUUUAAGGAGCAGGCUCUUAAGGAGCUGAGUGACCAAGCAGGGGCGGAGUUUGAUAAUGCUGACGUCAGAUGGGUUAUCACUGUACCGGCCAUCUGGAAGAUGCCAGCCAAGCAGUUUAUGAGAGAGGCAGCAUAUAAGGCUGGUCUGGUUUCUCGUGACAUCCCCGAGCAGCUGAUCAUUGCCCUUGAACCUGAGGCUGCUUCUAUUUACUGCCGUAAGCUCCGCCUCCAUCAAUUGGUUGAUUUGGGCACCAAAACAGCCCUGAACGGUUACAGUCCAACAGAGAACGUUGGAGGCGGAAUGACGCAGGCCAAGGAGCAUGUGCGCCGUAACCGACAGAGCCGCACCUUUCUGGUGGAGAAUGUCAUAGGAGAGCUCUGGUCUGAACUCACUGAAGGUGACCGGUAUGUGGUUGUGGAUUGUGGAGGUGGGACAGUGGAUCUAACGGUGCAUCAGAUCCGAAUGCCAGAGGGACACCUGAAAGAACUGUAUAAAGCCUCAGGAGGCCCGUAUGGCUCUAUCGGAAUAGAUUAUGAGUUUGAGAAGCUCUUGUGUAAGAUAUUCGGGCAGGAUUUCAUCGACCAGUUUAAGAUCAAGCGUCCUGCUGCAUGGGUGGAUCUGAUGAUUGCGUUUGAGUCUCGUAAGAGGGCUGCGGCUCCUGACCGAAGCAAUCCACUAAAUAUUAAUCUGCCCUUCUCAUUCAUUGACUACUACAAGAAAUUCAGAGGACACAGUGUGGAGCAUGCACUGAGGAAAAGCAAUGUGGACUUUGUGAAGUGGUCAUCACAGGGCAUGCUAAGGAUGAGUCCAGAUGCAAUGAAUGCACUGUUCAAACCAACUAUAGACCACAUUAUACAGCAUUUGACUGAGUUAUUUGAGAGGCCGGAGGUGACAAACAUCAAGUUCCUUUUCCUGGUGGGUGGCUUCGCUGAGUCUCCACUACUCCAGCAGGCAGUUCAGAAAAUGCUUCAGGGCCGUAGCCGAAUUAUAAUCCCGCAUGACGUGGGCUUGACCAUCCUUAAGGGGGCGGUGUUGUUCGGGCUGGAUCCCAGCAUCAUAAAGGUGCGCCGCUCUCCACUCACUUAUGGCGUGGGUGUCCUGAAUCGAUUCGUAGAGGGGAAACACCCGCCAGAGAAGAUGCUUGUGAAGGAUGGAACACGCUGGUGCACCGACGUCUUCGAUACUUUCAUCUCUGCCGAUCAGUCAGUGGCGCUGGGUGAAACAGUAAAACGCAGCUACACGCCCGCGAAGCCAUCACAACAAGUGAUUGUGAUACACGUAUAUUGCUCGGAAAAAGAGUCGGUCAGCUUCAUCACGGACCCAGGUGUAAGGAAGUGUGGUACGCUGAAGCUGGAUGUGAGCGGUACUGAGAGUCCAGCAGCACGAAGAGAGAUCCAGACACUCAUGCAGUUUGGAGAUACUGAGAUAAGAGCUAUGGCUGUUGAUGUGGCAACCUCUCGUUUUGUCAAAGCUAGCAUCGAUUUCCUUAGUCAAUAGGAGAGGAGGGGGCAUUAGUAAAUGAUACGCUGCAAAAAUAAUUUUCUUGUGUAGUAUUUUUGUCAUGCUUUCCAGUUAAAAUAUCUAAGCAUCCUUUUAACAAGAUAGCUUUUCUUGAGAAGCAAAAUUGUGUAAUAUAAUACUUUUUUGAGAAAAUAUAUGUUGAAUUUUAGUGUAAUUUGAAAAUUGUGAUUUAUAUUCUUAGUAAUUAACUAAAUCCUCUAAAAAGCUGAAUCCACGUGUAAGUCAUGGAAAAUACUAUAUUAAAUGUAUUUGGCUCUAAAAUGCUUAAUUUUAUAUAAAUUGCUUUUGUGAGUGCAAUAUCUGUAAAAUGAUUUUAAAACGAACCAUUGGAAAACUCAUGGUAAGUCAUUGUUUAAAAGGUGUUAUUAUGCUUAAAGCAAGAAAAACAAUUGUUCCAAUGGGUAAGGAAAAAAAGUCUUAUUGUGUCAUCCAUUUUUGCUUCUCAAGUAAUUUAACUUGCUUUAAGGAUAAUAUGUAUUUUUACUGGAAAACAAGACAAAAUAGUGAUUAAGUAAAUUAUUUUUGCUGUGUAGAAGGAUAGAGAAAUAUAGAGAGAGAAAUGAAGGCUGUAGGUUUGGAGUCUCAACUAAUACACAAUGAUCGCCGACCCUCCAUGUGACCAUUGCUUGAAGUAGCUGUGCCAUUCAUGUUAUUUUAUUUUUUAUAGAUAUCACAACUGGACUCAAGAAAGAAUUUGUCAUAUCUGGCAUAGAGGGCUUACCCGAAGUCGUUAUAUUUAAAUUGUAUCUUUUCGCAUAUCAGACACGUUAUAUACGUCCACUUCAUCUAGGCUCAGUCCAUUAUUCUCUGUAUGCUUCUAUAGUCUAUUUGCAGUAUCUUAGUGGCUAUUUUAUGCACAGGGAUGCAAAAUCUGCAUGGAUAGAGCUAAAUUACAGCUGUGUAUUGCUAGUAGUUCUAGUUUGGGAUAGUACCAUGUAUGAACUUAGCAGGUAAGCAUAGCGCUAUGUUCAGGUUAAGGCAGCAACAUCAGUCUUAUAAACAGAUCAUGGCAGAAAUAUAAUAUUGUUCUCUCAUAUAACUCCCUGCAUUGCUCCAAGGAUCAGUCAAAAACAGUUCAUUCAUUUAGAUUAUAAUGAAAACUUGAAAGCCUUUUAUCAGAUGGCUUUGGCUACUGAACUGGCCACCUAUUUAUUCAUUCCAUAAUAAAGUCAUGCAGUGGGAUGAAACCGCAAAUCUCAGUCAGACAGAUGCAGAAAAUCUGAUUCAUUUGUUCCUCAUCUCAAGCAGAAUCAGAAUCUUUGAGAAAGAGUUGAGAGCUCUGAAUAGAGAGUAUGGUACCUCUCAGAACCACUGAUUAAACCUGAGCUACUCAUUACAUAAGGUGCUGAUGCCUGUGACAAAAUGACCUUCAAUUUGUCACCUAGUGCUACAGGUCUACGCAGCAAAAACUUUCAACCCUUUUAUAGUUUUAUGUUCUUAUUCUAAUGUUUCUCUUUUUUUUUUAUUUUAUUUUUUUUAAUCAUUUUUCCUGCUUCCUUUUUUUGCAUGUUAUGAAAUUAUGAGUUCUGGACACUUACAUGAACUCAAUUUGGCAUGCUGGUAGAUACAAGUUUUUUAAGAGAGGUUGAGGGUGGCAUUUCAUUUGUCUCUAAUUUAGAAAUAUCUUUUCAUAUUGUCAGUCAGUAUGUUGCUCUAAGCAUAAUGAGAACGCUUAAAUCCUAGAAUGUGAAUUUAAAUCAUCAUUCAAAGUGCCGAUGAAAGAGAAGUCGCUAGCUGCACCUGCAACACGAUUUGAAAUGAUAGCCAUUGCUAAAUGCUAGUUGCCUUUAAUCCUACUUCUUAGAAGGAGAAGCCACUGAUCUUUUUUCCUGUUUUUAUUUGUAUUUUUAUUUAGAUUCAUGGAGAAUAUGACAUGAAAAUAUGUUUAUUUCUGUAUAUACAGUAUUUAAAGAUAUUGUACAGAUUUGUAGCAUUAUUUUAGCAUUAGCAGCUUUAUGAGCAGUGUGUGUAUGCUGGCCUCAAAAGGACACUUUUUUUUUUCACACUCACCAGCCUUUAUAUGAAUCGUAAAUGCAGAUAUCACCCUAAUCCAAACUCAAUCAUAACCCCAUGCCACACCCAACAUAAAACCUACCUUAAUCUCCAACUGUACCCCAAUGAAGACCCUCAAAUUAUCCCAUUCCCAGUGCCAAACCCAGACUGAAACCUAAUCAUUACUUUAAUCCCAACCCGAACCCCAAAGAAGACCCUUAAAUAAUCCCUUCCCAGUGCCAUACCCAGAUUGAAACCUAAUACUUACUUUAAUCCCAACCUGAUCCCCAAAGAAGACAUAAAAAAUAAUUUCUUUGACCCCGUUUACACCUGGUAGUAAAAUGUGUCUCGGGUGAUCUGAUCAAAUGUGGUCAGACGAGACACAUCGCUGUUAAACUGCGUCUCCUGUGAACACUUGUGUUCAGAUUUCAAUGGGAGGGUCUCUGAUUUCAUAACAACAUGCAUCAAUUACUAUUUCACUGUGUUACUGAAUGAUAUUAAAGCACAACAAAGUCAUAAAAGACAAAGAAAGUGCGAAAGAAACUGCACGCUUUAAAUUUAAUCUAAGCACAAACACAACAUGUCAAGCAGAAUUAUCUGUUAUUUUAGUGGAUUACCUUUGCUAAAGGAGCUUUCAGAUCCGUGAAGCUUUCGUGCUUGUGUAUGUAUCUGCUUUUUUAAAUUUUCUGAUCUAACAGUUACGUCCUUUUAAAGCCUCUCAUUACCAGCAAAGUUUAAACUCUUGUUUUAGUGCAGUGGUUGAUUGACAGGUGAGGUAUGGUUCUUCGCUGCUGUCUGGGGCAUAAGAAGGACGGAUUAGCAUUUACACCUCAAAUGCAAUGUGGUCACAUGGGUUUUUGACCACAUUCGUAUGUGAUUUUUGUGAUCCUAUCACAAAACAUUUUAGACCCCGUUUAGACCUGUAUUUAGCGCUGACCACAUGUGAUCGGAUCAUCUGAAAUGCAUCUUAAUUCCAGGUGUAAAUGGGGUAUAAACCAUACUCAGACUAAAAACUCAAUCAUUGCAAGAUUGAAACCUAAUCUUUACUUUAAUCCCAACCUGAUCCCCAAAGAAGACCCGAAAAUAUGCCAAACUCUGUCUGAAACUCAAUUAUUACUUUAAUCCCAACCUGAACCCCAAUAGCCACAUUUCCACUGUCGAGCCAAAUGAGGGCAUGCUAGUGCUUGCCAGGGCACGAUGGGAGAAAGGUGCCAGCCAUUGUCCCUGGCAGGCUACUCUGCCUUGCAGGCUACAUUUGGUUACAUUGGGGGCAGACUCGGGACACCAUGGCAGUUAAAGUCGGUGAGUUGUCAACGGAUACUUAUCUUGCUAGCUAGCUAACGUUUACAUACAAUAUAAAUUUCAUAUUCUAGAUAACUAGAUAACAUGCGUAUUUGGUUUGGCUUGUGAAAUGGGCAGGGUGUUUGACGUUUGCACCAUGGUGGCGUAUUAAGGGUGGGUUUUAGGGCAACGCUGUGGGGCUUUUGGCCCGAUGGUGGGAAUGCAGAAUGAUUUUGGCAUCGUGGCUUGAGGUCCGAGGCUAUUGGCCCCUAAAAUAAUCCCAUUCUCUAAUUGCCAUUUCCUAAUCCCUAUCUCAAAUGCACAUAGCCAAAAGAUGAAUGAUUGUGUGAGUUGCCUGUGUUUCUCUGUUUUUAGAAAAGACUUGAAAACCUUUGACCUUAAAAACAAGCAGUUAUCAUUUGAACUGAAUAUUAAAGAAGUGUAACAUUUUGGUAUAUUUUGCUGUAGGGAGACAAGGUGACUGAUAGUUCGGGGUGUGUGCGGGCUGAGGGCCCACAUAUUAUUCUGUAGAUGAUUCCACAAAUUUGAUGUGUUUGCUUUGGAAGACUAGUGUGCACCAAUACCCAGCCACUGCAUUCAUAAUGACACUGGUAAAUAGGCAUUAAAAAUGAAAGCAAUAAAAGUAUUGCAGUGUGAUGUCCCACACUUUUUACUAGUUUACUAAACCAUGCUAUUCUGUCGGUGUUAAGUCUGUGUGUGAAUGCAUUAGCUGCACAAAUAUAAUGUUGCUGUGGAAUGUGUAAUUAAAAAUUUGGUCAUUGAUAAUACCUACACAUCAUCAUUUUAUGAAAACAACUUGCAUUUUAUUUUAUAUGUUUUUCCUUUCUUUAACACUGUCUUUAAACAGUCAGCAUGAGAAUCACAGUAACUCAGUGUAAUUCUAAAAAUAAACAAAUUAAAAAAGUUCCUUUAUGCAAAAAUCUAUCCAUAUAUUUGCCUUGCAGUGUAAGACAUAAAGCACCAUGUGUUAACAGUAAAACAGUUCUCGUACAGCACAAUUAAAAUUAGCAUAAUAGCAUAGGCCUUGCAGCAGAAGAACUGUCAUAAUGAUGGAUCAAUAGGGCCCAUGUUUCUUGGAAGGGUUCAAAUCUUUCAAUCCAAUCAUCUGGUAAGGUGUGAUCAGAUCCUGUUACAUUUCCUGUUUAAAAUGUCAUCAAACUAUGUAAUAUUAAGAAAAAAAUAAAUAAAAAAUAACAAGCUAAACUGGCUAAAAUACUGAAGCUUCUUUAAAUGUAAAUUCUUACCACAUGUAGACUCGCUGCUGCUCAUGUGAUUGUUAUUGCAAAUAUUUGCAUAUGCUCUGCACGAUUCGCAUGAGUGACCAAAAAGAUACAAAAUAAUUUCUGGUUGUCUUCAUUUGAAUAUUCUGUUUUAAAUUAAACAGAUAUCUGGAUAAUAAAACCCAAGCUACCACAGCUCACUUGUUCAUUGGCUCUGCAAGGCAGAAGAAGCAGAAAAUGAUGUCAUCAGGUGUGAUAAGUGUGCAUGCACAUAAAGGGCAGGUGAGACACCUGUACAUUCCCACAAACAUAGACGCACACCUUUACAAUCCUGUGCAGAUGUGUGUUGUAAGCACACCUUUUCUGCUCAGAGUGAAUUAAUAGUGUGAAUGUGCCGCAACAAGCCCUUACUCUGUUGUUGUGCUUAUUUAAAAUAUUGCUCUUGCUCUACACUUCACCAUACUUGUUCAUGGGCAGCUUUGCUAUUAUUUUGUAGCGAUAACACAAUAUAUUGCCUCUUUAUAAAAAUAUACUGUAGUUAUUGCUAUGACACGCUUCUAAAAUCUCCUAAAGAACACUGUCAUUUUGUUCUUUUGGGUUUCAGUUUAGUUUUAUUUGAUUACCCUGUCAAAAAUACCCCUAGAGAGGGACUUUCACUGUGAAUUUGAUUUUGAAUGACUUUUCAGCAUUAUUUUAUUUAACUGGAUUAGCCAAAAGCAAGGGGGUGGGGUCAUAGGGCAUUGAUACAUUUGGGAAAUGAAUUUCACUGUUUGCUAGAUUCUAUGCUUAAAAUGCUUGAAAGUCACCUAGUCAUUCACUUGAGCUGACAUGGACUCUCACUCACUGUGUAAACUCGCAAGCUAUACACCUACUGGGUUGUUUUUGAUCAAUGGAAACAGUGUCACUGCUCUUGCCAUCUGCACAUAAAAAAAAACCGAAAAAAACAUUUGCAAUUGUAUUUCAAUCAAUGCCAAGUACUAACCGCCAAAAUGUCACCCAAUAAAAGUAUAUGUAUUUCAAAGAA